UCUCUGAGUCUGAUGGCUGUACCUUGGAUGACAGGGUUCUAUUCUAAAGAUCUCAUUCUGGAAGUAGCUUAUGGACAAUAUCAAUUUUCAGGCCAUGUCGCUUAUUGGCUAGGUACAAUUUCUGCAUGUCUUACUGCAUUCUACAGUCUACGUCUCAUUUCUCUGACAUUUAUGACAUAUCCUAAUGCAAGUAAAUCGGUUUACCUGCAUACACAUGAUGCUCCUGUUAUUGUAAUGAUCCCUCUAGUAAUUCUAUCACUAUUUGCAAUUUUCUUUGGGUUUAUCGCCAAAGAUCUGUUUGUAGGAAUGGGAUCAGAUUUCUCUUCAUCUGUUCUAUUUACUCAUCCCUCACGUAUUAGUCUAAUUGAGGCAGAAUUUGGUCUACCUCAAAUUAUUAAACUACUUCCUGCUAUUGGUACUUUUGCGGGUGCAGGACUAGCACUGUACCUAUACCAUGUGCAACAAGUGUUUACAAUUCAACUAACGGAUUCGGUAUUUGGACGAUCUCUCUAUAAAUUCUUUAAUGGUAAAUAUUAUAUUGAUGUGGUUUAUAACCAUUAUAUUAUGUAUAAAGGACUAAAUCUAGGUUACACUAUUUCAAAAACACUUGAUCGAGGUAUUAUUGAGCUCCUAGGUCCUCAAGGACUAAGUACUUCAUUUACUUCAAGUAGCAAAUCAAUUGCUAAAUAUGAUACAGGAAACCUGACAGAUUAUGCACUAUACAUGGGUGUUGCGCUUGUAUCACUUACAUGUCUCAUUCUGACUCCUCUCCUACUAAACAUCAAUGUAUAUGGAGUGGAACUCCUUAUUGUCCUAUCUAUUGGACUUGUUGUAGUGAAUACUACAAAAGACUAUACUUCGACACAACCACAAACUCUUGAAAAUUCUCCUUAG